ACUCACUCUCAAUCGAUCACAUCCCUCAUUCAAUCAAUUGUAUACGUGUUGUGCCACACACCUUCCCUACCUCGUUGCAACUUCUUCCCAACCAUCUACCUCUCUCUCUCUCUCUCUCUCUCUCUCUAAUUUCUCUCUCAUAUGAGCAGAGCAGAUGAUGAGCUCUUCCUCCAGCAAUAAUAAGCAAGAAGGGCCCAAGCUAUUCAGCUCGAGGAUCCUCUCAAGGGAUCGCUCGAGCGUGGCCAACGCGUCCUUCAGGGUAUACUACAGCCUGGGCGCCGGCACCGUGCCGUUCCUGUGGGAGUCCAAGCCAGGCACGCCCAAGAGCUCCGCCACCCCGGCCGCCUUGGCCACCGCCGGCGCCAGGACGACGACCGUGCCGCCGAUCUCGCCGCCGCCGUCCUACCAGCAGUCGGCGGUGUCCCAGUCGUCCAAGGCCAAGACCAAGUUCAGGCGGAGGCCAGUAUCCUCUUGGCCUCCCGGAAGUUGGAUCAUCGGCUGGCUGAGGCGGUCACCACCGUCGUCGCCGCCGUCGGAUCACCAGCGGCAACGCUGCCUUGCCCGCCGGGACGACCAUGGCGUCGUCGACGGCGACGACCGGCAGUCGCGGCGUUCCAGCUUGUGCUUCUGAAUUCUGAUGAGCUGCCUGUGGAUGAUGGAUUAUAUUUAGCUGUUGCACUACGUGCGGUGUUAAUUGGGUGUUGUUAAUUAGUUAGGAUCGUCGUCGUCGUCAGAGUGUGGUACGUACGUGUUUGUGCAAUUGGAUUUUUCUUUUUAAUGUUCUGGGUUCGUUGGACUCUUUCUCCCUUUCCACUUUUUUUUCCAGUGUCCAGCUUUAUUUGCAUAUAGACACCUUAUUUUAGUGUUCGGUACUUUGGUUGUUUUGAGUGUGAAUAAGUGGGUAUGCAUGCAUGCAUGAUUACUGUGUGUUGUGUUCUGUGUCUUUAUGCACAAUAUAGAAAAAUCAAGUAAAUAUGUAUUUAUGUUC